UUGUCCCGGCGCUCAAUGAGGCGCCCGAGUUCCAACUCACGGAGCUGUGACGCGGCGCGGGAGGAGGAGCGCGCCGCCGGGAACCUUAAAUACGCGAGUCCAGUCCGGACUGAAGACACAGAAGCUCACAGCAGAGCCACCGACAGCAUCCGCGCGCACCGAGAGAAGCCUUUUACGCACAGAAUCAUGAUCAAGAAAAUGUCGCCUUCCGACAGCGACUUUGACAUCCCAGCAAAGAACUGCUACAGGAUGGUGAUUUUGGGAUCCACCAAAGUCGGGAAGACGGCCAUCGUGUCGCGUUUCCUGAACGGGAGGUUCGACGAGCAGUACACGCCAACCAUCGAGGACUUUCACAGGAAACUGUACAGCAUCAAGGGAGACGUCUACCAGCUGGACAUACUGGAUACAUCGGGGAACCACCCUUUCCCCGCCAUGAGGAGACUUUCCAUACUGACAGGUGACGUGUUCAUCCUCGUCUUCAGUCUGGACAACCGGGACUCCUUCCAGGAGGUGCAGCGGCUAAAGCGGCAGAUUUUCGAGACCAAGUCGUGCCUCAAAAACAAGAUCAAAGAGAACAUCGACGUGCCUCUGGUCAUCUGCGGCAACAAGGGCGACCGAGAGUUUUACCGGGAGGUGCAGCAGGAGGAGAUCGAUCAGCUGGUGGCCGGCGACGAGAAGUGCGCGUACUUCGAGAUCUCCGCCAAGCGCAACGAGAACGUGGAUAAGAUGUUCCAGACUCUGUUUACCUUGGCCAAACUCCCUCACGAGAUGAGCCCCGACCUUCACCGCAAGGUCUCCGUGCAGUUCUGCGACAUGCUGCACAGAAAGUCACUGAAAAACAAGAAGGUGAAGGACAUCGGCGAAGCGUUCGGGAUGGUCACUCCGUGCGCGCGGAGACCAAGCGUGCACAGCGACCUCAUGUACAUCAAGGAGAAGGCCAUAGGAGGCGGCCAGGGAAAAGACAAGGAGAGGUGUGUGAUCAGCUAAGCGGAGCGGCGCGGCACGAACUCAAUGCAAAUCUUUGGAAGCAGAGGGAGCCCGGUGCGCGCCCGGCGCGCGCGCUGUGCGCACCCGGUUGUGCUCAAACUGACCUGGGAGGUGUGGGGAUGCCGCAGCCACCAGCUCUGGCGCGGCGCCGUCUCCAAAGACACUUUACUGGACACAAUGGUCGUCUUCAACUGCCAAAAUAUAAAUACAUUAAAAAAAAAAAAAUACGUGUGAGAAUUGUUGCUUGUCCUGUGGAUCAGAGCGCAGCACGCGCCCUGGCUUCAUACCUCGUGAGACCCGCACAGCUACGCGUAAAAUGUGUCCAGUUGAAUUCAUGCCUUUCACAGUUGCCAGUGGGGAGAGGAAAAAGACUCUAUGCUCAGGAGGUGUAAUGUUUCGGGAGGGAAAGGAACUUUGUUUACAUCUCAUCAUGUAUUUUGCAAUGGCUAAUACACUUGAAUGUUUUGUUGCAAUCAAAAGAGUUACUUUUAUUAUGAAUGUAUAUUUAUUGUGAAUGUCAUUUUUCGCAAAGAAUUCUUGAAAUAAAAGAAAUGAACUUG